GCAGCUGGAGGAGGCACAGGAGAACAUCCGCCGCUUGAACACAAAGCUGGAGACCACAAGUAGCCUGCGUGCGAUGGCUGCUGCGAGAAUAUGGCACGCAGCACGUCGCCCUUACGCUCUGCGACGGUGUCUUCGCCUGAGCGGGGAUUGCCAGCUGGCUUUUUGAAUCUGACACGCGUGCCAGUCUCACCCAUGCAUUCUGGCAGUCCCGUAGAGCGAAAUGUUCCUGGCCAUGGGCGCGCGCUGUCCGUCAGCUCUGUAUCGUCCGCCGAUAGCCGGCCGCGUCGGGGCAGCGGCGCUGAGUCCUUGGCAUCAUCAUUUAACGCGGUGCAGUCAGUGAGCGAUCAAAUGACCGUACACACAUUGGCAAAGAAGCUGGGGGCGCAGAUAACAUCGCUGAAGGCGCAGUUGCAGACGGCGCAGCGCCAGAAGAACGAGUAUUCCCGCAGUCUGGUGGAGAUGACGGCCGAGCUGGAGACGCUGCGCAAGCAGAGCACCGACCAGGACCAGCUGGCGCACGAACUGGAUGAGCUCAAGCACAGGCAUGAGACGGCGCUGGAAAUGCUUGGUGAGAAGACCGAGGAGGUGAUGGAGUUGCGCGCCGAUAUUAAGGAUAUAAAGGAUGCGUUCAGGCAGCAGCUCGAGGCUCUUUUGGGCGAAAAGAAUUAGUAAAUACAAUUUCAAUAUGUUCUGUUUGUGUUUGUUUGCAUGCUGUUGUUUGGCCGGCUGACUGGCAGACCAGUUGCGCUUUACUUUUUUGGUGUGGUGAUAGUUGUUGGCCUGUGCUUUUUUCAUGCUGUGCACCCCAUCGUUUCAUGCUUGCAUGAAUUUCGUUGGAAACGAAUUACAGUGGUGUCGCUUUCCCAUUCGCUGUAGAAUAUCCGAGCCACGCAAAUUACACACACAUGGGUUGUUUGGCACAUCACUCGCCCAAAUUGGCUGUGCGAAACCAUUCUCCCCUUUAUUUUCCUAUUUUGUUUCAGCCAAUGGAAAAUCUACACUGUUUUUUCCCACCAAGUCAUGAGCACAAGGAAAAAAUAAUGUAACUGCAAUCCACCGCUCUUGCCUCCUUUGUU